AAGACGAGAUAGCUGCAGCGAUUCCGCCCACCAUGGCCGACCAACAGCCCACAUACCACCCUCGGGACGCCCUCCAAAACACAGGCAAUGCCAUGUUCCAGACCUCCCUCGCGGGUGCCGUCAUCGCCGGUGUGCAGAACACACUCCGCAAGCAGAACGUCGGAGCCAUGGGCAUCUUCACACGGUCCGGAGGCGUAAUUGCUCUUUUCGCCGCUGCUGGAGGCGCAUACCAGUUCACACUCGACGCGACCGCCAACCUCCAAAAGAAGGACGACUGCUACAACGAAUUCUACGCUGGGUUUGCCGCCGGCGCGGCUACCGGUGUCUUCAAGCGGAGCCUGCCGUACAUGCUCGGUGCUGGUAUGUGUUUCGGAACAGCCAUGUCUGCUUUCAGAUACACCGCUGGUAUCCGCGGCGCCGCGGUUGAAGACUUGAACGAUGAGGAGGUUGAGCGAAGGGAGGCCCUGAAGAAGCUCCGCAGACGCCCGUUGUCUGAGACCAUCGAGCAGCUGGGUGAGGGUCGUGGUAUUUACGCUCCCGGAUACGAGGAGAGGAGGCGAGAGAGGAUCUUGGAGAAGUACGGAAUCGAUGUAAAGGCAGCGCAGGCCUAGACGCAAUACGCAAUUUCCUUGGAGUUCACAACAGAAGUAGACAUCGAGUCAAAGAAUCGAGCACUUCGCCACAGCUGUAUAUACUACUUGUUCCCACAAGCUCGAAAAUGGCAAUCGACAUCACGUUCACGGCACUUUGCUGACAAGCUAUCGACCUCGAAAUCACAUAAGAUGUCAGACGUUGGACACCUUUUGCAUACAGCCAUCGCAUGAUUACCGUUAUUGCGGGUCUGUUUCGCUGACGACAGUCCAGUUGAGGUACGUGGGACGCGCAUUGCAUAUGAAAUGUGUGUUGUUCAUAUUUAGUCCUUGAGGACUUGAUAAGUUGCCGACCCAUGUCGUGAGAGCCGACGAGGCUGAGUAAAGACUAGUGGC